AUGAGAAACCCGUACGUUCAUUUACCCGAGGAACUACUCCGCUUAGUUGCAUGUUUUACAGGGGUUGAAAGGGACAUCAGCUCUUUAGCUCGAACUUGCACAUACUACUAUUCUUCUCUCAAUGCCUUCCUCUAUCAGCAAAAUUCGUUGCAACGAGGAAGUUCCGCUCUGCUAUGGGCGGCAAAGUGGGGAAUGGAAAAAACAGCUCGCAUCAGUAUUGAAAAUAACGCUGAUGCGGAUUCCAAGGACUCCAACGGCGAGACACCUCUGCUCGCAGCCGCUCGGUAUGGUCACGAAGCGGUGGUGAAGCUCUUACUUGAUACCGGGCGUGUUGAUGUCAAUUCAAAAUAUGCCUACGAGACACCGCUGUUCCGGGCCGCAUAUUACGGCCAUCCAGCGGUGGUGAAACUCUUACUCGAAACUGGACGCGUUGAUGUGCAGCCAAAGGACGAUCCCACUGGUUGGACACCGCUGUAUGUCGCUGCAUGGCAUGGCUACGAAGCGGUGGUGAAGCUCUUACUUGCGACCGACGGUGUUGAUGCAGAUCCAAAGGACUCCAACGGCUGGACACCGUUGUUGCGGGCUGCGCAGGAGGGCCAUGAGGCGGUGGUGGAAUGUUUACUUGAAACUGGACUCGUCGUUGUGCAGCCAGAGGAAAGCGUCCACGGUUGGACACCGCUGUCCGUCGCCACGCAGAAUGGCCAUAAAGCGGUGGUUGAGCUUUUACAAUGGAGUGAGUGGCGAAGCUUUUGGAACCGAGCAGGUUGA